CUUUUGUUGUGAUCAUCUACUAGCGAAGCCAAUAAAAUUGUAAUUGUUUCUUGUAUUGUGUGAUGAUGACUUUUUCCGAAUCGUCUGUGCCUUUUCAAUUUAUUUGUCAAGACUUGAACAUCCAGUGGACUGCGAGUGGCUUGGAGAAGUGUAAAUGCGUAUACCGUGUGGAGCAGUCACCCUGUCCACAAAUUUAUUCGGAGAAGUUUCAAGCUUCACGGUGCUGCGCGUCAGCCCCGCCACCCAGGAGCAGGUGACGGGCCUCCUCAGCCUGGACGGCCGGCCCGGCGUCGACUGGUGGACGCCGCCCCGCGUCGGCGCCCCCGCCGACGUCAUGGUGUCGCCCGAGGCCCGCGACGCCGUGCUGCAGCAGAUGAACAGCCUGGGCCUGCAGUGGGAGGUGCUGCACAGCGACCUGCAGCAGCACAACGGCGUGGUGGACAGAGAGCUGGCGGCGGCCCAGCUGGCCGGCAGGGUGGCGGCGGACGCCUACAUCGACAACAAGCGGUACUUCCUCUACGAUGAGAUCGAGGACUACAUCAAGCGGGUGGCGGAGAACCACCCGAACCGCGUCAAGGUGCACGACAUCGGGCGCACCUUCGAGGGCCGGCGCAUGCUCGUGGUGCACGUCAGCAACUGCCCCUACUGCAACUACACGGCCAUCUGGGUGGACGCGGGCAUCCACGCGCGGGAGUGGAUCGCGCCCGCCACGGCCCUGUUCGCCCUGUCGCAGCUCGCCGAGAACGAGACGGCGCACGCCGACAUGCGCGAGCAGCUGGACUGGUACAUCCUGGUGGUGGCGAACCCCGACGGCUACCAGUUCACGCACACCACGGACCGCAUGUGGCGAAAAACGCGCUCCACCACCUCCAUGCCGGGAUGCUACGGCGCGGACCCCAACAGAAACUUCGAUUUUCACUGGAAUGAGGUCGGUGCCAGCAAGAAUCCGUGCAGCGAGACGUUCGCGGGCCGGAACGCGUUCUCCGAGAUCGAAGCCAAGAACAUCCGGACCUUCCUGUGGGACAACCGGCUCAAAAUCAAGCUGUACAUCAGCUAUCAUUCUUACGGCAACUUCAUCCUGUACCCGUGGGGCUACACGGCGGAGAAUCCCAAAGACUGGCAGACGCUGAAAUCGGUGGCGAUGAAAGCCAACGAAGCCAUGGUCCGCGCGGGCAGCGAGCCCUACACGAUCGGGUCGUCCACGCAGACGCUCUACGCGGCGGCGGGCGGCAGCGACGACUGGGCGAAGGGCUUCGCGGGCAUCCCGCUGUCCUACACCAUCGAGCUGCCCGGCUACAAGUUCGGCUUCCAGCUGCCCACGUCCUACAUCGACGCCGUGGCGCGCCAGAGCUUCGAGGGGCUGCGCGCCUUCGCGAGCGAGGUGAAGCGGCUGCGCGCCGUCAACGGGCCCAACCUCACGGUGGAGACGCGCGCCUUCCCCCGGAGGACGCAACAGGGCCGCGCGCAGGCCCCGCCCACCACCAGGGCCUUCGGCCGCCUCUGACGCGGAGCCGCCACCCUCGCCGAAGGCCGCUCGCCGCGCCACCGAAAGACAGGAAGGAAAACGAAGACACCCCAGACUGACCCAACGAGCCGAUUCUACUUAAAGACAGACCCUCUUCCCUUUGUCGCUGCAACGUCACCCCGUCCCCCCGCCCGCGGGCCAAAAGACUGAGCAUCACUGUGUUCGUUUCAGGCACUCGUGGCAGCCAACGGGUACGCAGUGCGCCGCGGUGCGCAGUGCCCGCCAACGAGUGCCACAAUUGAAUAGCGUGUAAUUGAAAAUAAAAGGAAAGAAAACGAGGAA